AUGGCCGACCGUGACAAACUCCAGAUCCUCAAGGAUGCGCUCUACGAGGCGGCGAGGGACCACGGUUCCGACCAGCGUCUCUUCAGCCAGCGUGACCUGCUGGACAUGCACGUCAUUCCUCAAGACAACCUCGUUCUGCUCAUCCAGGUGAUCCAGAUUCUCUGCGACGAGAAGCUCUUUGUCGGAAACACGACUGCGUCGGGACUAUCAUGGAGAUGGCGAAGCCGGGAGGAUGCAAAGAAGUACACCUCCCUCCCGAACUCGGACCUGAUGAUGGUGUACGCCAUGGUCGACGAAGCCGGGGCCGACGGCAUCUGGAACCGGACCAUCAAGAACAAGCUCAACAUGGCAGACUCGCUUAUGAAGCAAUGCAUUAAGUACCUCGAGCAAAAGGGCUACAUCGCCAGCAUGAAGAACGUCGAGCAUCCCAACAAGAAGAUGUACAUCAAGGCAAACCUUCGGCCUUCCGAUCGUGCUACGGGCGGUCCCUGGUUCACCGAGGGCGAGCUAGAUACGGCGUUCAUCAACGAGUUGCAGGAGAUCGUGUUCGACUUUAUCAAGCAGAAAUCUACAUAUACUUCGCUCGGCGGAGCUGUAGGAACACAAGGAGGAGGAGGAGGAGGAGCGCAACGUGAAAAGGUCCCCAAGAAGGGCGUGGUUCAGGGGACCAUUCUUCACUCGGAGGAUGCGAAGGGUACGAAGCGCAGCGCGGGCGAAAUUAGCAAUGACGAUACGGCGGCGGCAUCGGCACCUACUACUACCACUGCGAAGAAGAUGAAGCCCGCCAAGCCGCAAUUGCUGCCUCUCCCGGCCGGCUACAAGUCGUACCCGACCGUGUCGGACAUCGCCAAGUUCAUCCACCACGCCGGCAUCACGAACAACACGACAUUGAGCGAGGCGGAUAUUCAGCAGCUUGUGGACGUGCUAUACUACGACGGAUUGGUAGAACCGGUCAAGGUCAAUGGCCGCAAGGGGUACCGUGUAACGCGCAUCCCCAAACAGGAUACCAGGACGUGCAACCAACGACGCCUGGAUCACGACCCAAGCAAAGGAGGCAUCAUCACCUCGUUUAUGGGAGUCGAGCCGAGUGCCAGUGGCCUUAUGGAGGCUCCCUGUGGGCGGUGUCCCGUCUAUGAUAUGUGCGAGGAAGGCGGACCAGUGAGCCCCAGUAACUGCGUCUAUUUCAGACAGUGGCUGGAUGGUGACGAGGUCAAGGAACAAGUCAUUUCGAUUUGA